GAAUUAAGAUUAAAUUCACGAUAUUUUUAUUUAGAAAGUAUAAUUAUAUUUAGAAUUUUAUAAUUUUAACUUAAUUACUCGUCUAAAUUAAUUUUAUCUGUUAUGCUAACCUCGGAAUCUCAUUAUGCACCAUUUUUGAAUUGAUGAAUUGAUGAUAAUAACAUAAUCACAUAAUAACAUAGUAAUAUAUAUUGUAAUUUUAAAUUUUAAGACAUAAUUCCUUCAUUAAUUAAAUAUUAUUAAAUUUAAUCUAUGUGGAUCCAUUAUCAUUAUACAGGUAAUAUUCCAGGAUUAACAAAGCUGAUGUGUUUAACAGGGCAUAAUAGUUAUCAAGGAUGUCGAUAUUGUAAUAUAAGAGGAAUUUGGUCAAAUCAUAUUUAUUAUCCUACCACUCCACCCAAUAAUUUUGAAAAUGAUACAACAUAUAAUAUAUUUGCAUCACCUAAUCCAACACAUGAAGUGUGGCAACAAAGGCUUAAAAAAAUUCAUAAAUCAAAGGUUGAAAAAAUUUUAAUUUCUUAUCAACAUGGUUCAAGUGUUGCACAUACAGAUUUUGAUACUUAUGUGAAUAGUAGUGAUUUUCUAAUGCUAUUUACAUAUCCUAAAACAGCAACUCUUGGCCAAAUAAUGUCUGCAGUUGGUAGUACUAAUACUACUGGUCCCAUCGGUCCUAAAUUAAGACUUUUAUUGGGAAGUCUUGGGUAUGAAGUUAAAAAAGAAUAUACACCUCCAGUAAAAUUAUCUAGUAUAUCAAUUAAAAAUUAUAAUCCCCUAAUACAUAUAACAAAAAUAAUAAUAACUAUAAUGAUAUGAACAAUUCUUCAUUUAUUUGUGUUAAUAUAAUAUUAAAUUUAGUUUGUAUAAUAAUAAUUUU